GUGAUAUUUGACCUUAGGGAGGUACCUUAUUGGAUUCAGGAGCGCGUCUUCCUAUCUUCGUAUGAGUUUCUGCUGUCGCUUACCCCACAAUGGCGUAUGACUACGGUGGAAUAAAUGGGCCACAUACUUGGGCGCUCCGUUUCCCAGCUGCAGGAGGACAGAAACAAUCACCUAUAAAUAUUUGUCAUUCGAAACUUACGAUUGAUACCUCACUUAAGCCAUUGAUACUAGACGUGAGAAGUAUCACUGCUCAGUCACUUAAAAUUGGAUCCCACAAUUUUCAAGUGGUAGUCGAGGGAGAUGGGGUUCUCAAAGGUGGACCUUUGGCCUCAGAAUACACAUUUGCUCAGUUCCACUUUCACUGGGGAGGUGGAAACAAUUGGGGGUCUGAACAUCUUAUAGAUGGAAUCAGCAGUCCUGGAGAGUUGCAUUGCGUUUUCCUCAACAAAAGUUAUGCCGAUAAAGAGGCUGCAUUUGACUAUCCAGAUGGGCUUGUGGUUAUUGGUGUGCUAUUCAAAUUGAGUUCCACUGCAAAUCCGAUAAUGCAGAAACUAGCAGAACUGUUAGAAAAUCCGAGGUCGGGCGAGACCAGGCCGAUCUCACCAUUGUUGCAGCUAACGAAUUUGUUUCCAAAGGAUUUAUCGAAGUACUAUACGUACUCAGGAUCGUUGACAACACCUCCCUGCAAUGAGUGCGUUACCUGGAUCGUUUUGGAUGAACCGCUUUUGGUUUCUGAGGAUGUGAUGGAACGGUUACGCCGUGUUCACAGCCGAUGCAAAAAUUGUGGAGGUCCGGACAAUUUCCGCCCCAUUUGUCCACUUGGCUCACGUAAAAUCGUUGCAUCAUUCCAACCCGCCAGUCAGUGAUACCCGAUGGAAGCGAACUCGUUUCCAAUCAGAUUAUUUCCCUUGUGCUUGACGACUGUCAUCGUGUUGGUCGUCACGUAUUUAGCUCCAUUCGUGUUCCUAUUUUUUAUCAGCAAAUUGUUUGUAGUUUACAUGUUAACUAGUUCAUAUUUUGGUCAA